CAGCCUGCCUGCCUGCCUGCCGUCCACCUCGGGGGAGCCUCGGUCGGGGCCAGUGAGAGAGCCAUGGCCCAGAGCCUGCCGAGCAGGGAGCAGUGUGAGAGCUGGGACCCAGCCGAGGUGGCCAGCUUCCUGAGCCAGAAUGGGAUGUGGGAAUGUGCCUCUACUGUGAGCAGAAUGAACAUGGAUGGAAGCUGGUUUCUGAAUAUCACAGACAUCGAUCUCAGCAAAUUUAGUCCUAUACACAGACCGCAACUACAGAAGAUGGUUCAGGACAUCAAAAAGAAUGAUGACAGUAUCCUCAACAGACUGAAAAGGUUUCAGAAUGAGCAAGCAGCUCUCAUUCGCAAAACUGGAAGAAGUACAUUGGACCGGAUGAAAAACAAGGCACCUCCUCGAUUACCUGCACGAGACUACAGAGAGGACAAUGGAGACGGGAGGAACUGUUCCGAAUCAGACUCCGACAAUGACACAUAUGAGGACCCACAGGCUGAGCAUGAUGACAGCUAUGAGCCACCACCAUGUGAGAGAGUUUUCAACCCUACCCCCUCCAUGUCUGCACAGAGAGGAGAGUACGCAGACAGGUGCCCCAGGAGACCGAGCCCAGCCCCUCGCAUUGCUCAGCGACACCGAGCCCCUAUUCCACCCAUCAAGACCCACUCAGAAGAGGAGGAUGAGGAUUAUGUCAAGCCAGAGGCAGCUACGGACGAUGACUACAUUGAGCCAUCAGAUAAUUCUCAGUGCCCUCCUGUGAACAGAGUUAUCAAGCCAAUGAGGCCCCGUUGUGUACCACCACAAGGUACUUUUACAGAUGUAUAUGAGGUUCCGGACACAGAUGAUGGCGUUUCAAAAUCAAGGUCCAGUUCUCAUCUUCAGCCUCCCCCACAGAGGAUGCCCCCCAUUCCCAGCCCACGACUGCAUAAGCGGAAGCCAGCACCUCCGCCCAAGCCAGAACCUGUUGAUGCUGCUGCUGAUGAUGAUGAUAAUGAUGAUGAAGAAUAUGAGAUCUGCGAUGGAGUUGAAAAUAUGAGUGUGAAGACAGACAAAUUUUCCCCUACACUUCCCAUGCCUCUACCAAGGGAACCGAGGAGAAAUCUACCACCAAAACCGAAAACACCAAGCAUUCCAGGCAAAGGCCAUGAAGCUUCGCUCCAUGGACGGCCAAGUCCACCAGAACCCUCACACAAGGGUUUCCACCUGGCUAGGUUUCCUGUACCUCAGGCAGGAACAGAGCAUGAAAGUAGAGAAUCAGAGGAGAAAGCCAAUGUUCUCAAGAAACCCUGGUAUGCUAGCACAUGUGACCGCAAGAUGGCUGAAAAAGUGUUGUUGCGUGCAAACAAGGACGGAGCGUACCUGGUGAGAAAGAGCUCGGGGCAUGACACACAACAACCUUUCACCCUGGUGGUGUUCUACAAUGACCAUGUCUACAACAUCCCCAUCCGCUUCAUCCCUACCUCACAGCAGUACGCCCUGGGCAGGGAGAAGAUGGGAGAGGAGCAUUUCAGCUCUGUCUGGCACAUCAUCGAGCACCAUCAGCGCAACUCUCUGGUUUUGAUUGACAGCCAGAGCAACACCAAAGACUCCACCAAGCUGCUGCAUCCCAUCCAGGUCUGAGAGUGUUGACCUGGGGCUCCAGCAGAGGCCAGAAGCAAUAUGGCUCCGGACGUCUGGACUUACCUCCGAAAAGGCCAAUGUACAGAUGAACUGUGUCUGAAACUGACCAAAAACUUUUCUUAGUAUAUACACAGACCAUGACUUGACUCGGAAGUAUGGAUAUACAGUAUGCAUGGAUGUUUUGAUGUACCGUAUAGUAAUGUAUAAUAAUACCAGGGAUGACAUGUUUAAACAGUGCACAUGUACAUUCCGUUGGACUGUUAACAUUGCUAUAUGUUUUAUAAAUUUGAUUGCAGUUUUCACA